AUGCACUGCAGGUCGACGGUGUUGAACUAUCUCGGCGUGUACUUGUGGGUGCACCUGUCGCCUCUGUUCCCCGACGAACACAGCAGUGAGCCGCACCUCCCGGGAGUGCCGUAUGGGAUGCCGGGCGGAUCCAAGCGGUUUCCUCUGUGCCUUCGCUACGCCGAGUCUCUCUGUCCGCAGGGAAUGUUCGCACUCCUAACCGUGGCCAUGGGACGGACCAAUUCGUCCGUGGAAUUCGUGAGGCCGCUCGAAUGGUGGAUCGGGGAUCUGAAGGACGUCCUCUUCAACUUUACCAAGCGGCUCACAUGGCAAGACGAAGAGACUGUAGAAAAACUGUUAGCCAAGGUUGAAAAGAUGCACAUCUCGUUCGUCAUUCCGGCGUCACUGCUGCAUGAGCCCAACGUCUUCAAUGGACGUGCGAGGCGGUUUUAUGCUGUGAAAAUCCUGCCGGACGCUUUAGAGGAAGUACUUAAACUCCUGCUUAAGCAAGGAUCUUACUCGCUCAAGAACUUCACCGUGUUCUCGUCGUGGACAGAAAACGCAACCUUGCGUUUCGACGCCCUGGAAGACUGCCUCAUGAAGUCAUACAUAGACAAACUACUUGUACCUCUUAACUACACGGUUUUGAAAUCCAAUUUUCCUUGGGUUCUUGCCGAGUUUGUCGGAGCAAGAUUGGCCCUCGAUCUUUAUCUCGAGCUUUACAAGAAGAUCACGGCAAAAGCGACCCCGAAUGACUCUGGAAUUUUUGUACGUGGCUUCAACCCCUUCAGAGCAGACCAGAUGGCCUUCAUCUUUUACGCUGAGAAUACUUGUGAGCCGCUGCCAACUCUGAAUGCCACUCACCGCUUCUUGACGCACGGUAUUUCGCCCCGCGACAAGACAAGGGUGUCCCUCGCCAGCCUGCAAGACUUCACCGCCAGUUUCCGUUGCCUGGCCGGCAUGGCUAUGCGAUCGGCCGUGCCUGCAACCUGCAGGCCAUGGCGUAACGGCUAG